AUGCGCGGCGGAGCUCAAUGGCCGGGCCGCGGGGCCUGGCGGAAGCUCGCUUUCCAACAUGGCGGGCGAGGCGGCCGGGCCGUUCAGGGGCGUGCUGGUGCCGCUCCUUUUACCUGAGAAGUGCUACGACCAGCUGUUCCUUCAGUGGGACUUGCUCCACGUUCCGUGCCUCAAGAUUCUCCUCAGCAAAUGCCUUGGCCUGGGCAUUGUGGCUGGGUCACUUCUGGUAAAGCUGCCCCAGAUACUGAAAAUCUUGGGAGCCAAGAGUGCAGAAGGCCUGAGUCUGCAGUCGGUGAUGCUGGAGCUGGUGGCUUUGACCGGAACUGUGGUGUACAGCAUCUCCAACAACUUCCCUUUCAGCUCUUGGGGUGAAGCGCUGUUCCUGACACUCCAGACAAUUACCAUCUGCUUCCUGAUCAUGCACUACAGAGGAGAGACCGUGAAAGGAGUCGCGUUCCUUGCCUGCUAUGCGAUGGUGCUGCUGGCGCUGCUCUCCCCACUCACGCCUCUGGCAGUGGUCACCCUGCUCCAGGCCUCCAACGUACCUGCUGUGGUGGUGGGGAAGCUGCUCCAGGCAGCCACCAACUACCACAAUGGUCACACAGGCCAGCUCUCUGCCAUCACGGUGUUUAUGCUAUUUGGGGGCUCCUUGGCCCGAAUCUUCACUUCCGUUCAGGAAACUGGAGACCCCCUCAUGGCUGGCGUCUUUGUGGUCUCCUCCCUCUGCAAUGGCCUCAUUGCAGCACAGGUCCUUUUCUACUGGAAUGCAAAGCCUCCAAACAAACAGAAAAAGCAGUAGAGCUGAGCCAGCUGCUGGAAUCAUUCCACUUCCUCUCCUCCGCUCAACUUCAGGAUCGGCCCGAUGUGCCUGUGCAGCUCAGUCACCCUGCAUUCCUUUGUAACUGCAGCCUCCUGAGCCAGGGUUUGUAGGAAGCCCUGCCCCCAUUACUUCACCAGGUGCUGAGAGCCCCCUUUGCAAGCAGCUGCCCUUACUGCGACAGGUGGGUGCCCGGCCUGGUCUGCUCACCUUCCUUCCGGACCAAAGACAGCCUGCAUGGAGGUGGUUGGAAGCCCUGGAUGCUCCCUCUGCUGCCUGGGGGGCACAACCUGUUGGACCCCAGUUCUGGAGGGGAAAGGGGAAGGAUGACUCAGAUAAGGGCCUCAGGCUAGGGUAGGGAGGCUCCUGCUGUGGCAGGUCCAGGCGGAAGGGUGUGGAAAAGGCACUGGUUGCUGCUGUGGUGAGGCUACAGGUGGGGCAAUAAAGACUCAGAGGCGGGCUUUCAUUGUACAAAA